AUGCCUGUUCCCACUGCCGAUCUCUUUGACAAGCAACAACACGAAGUCAACUGCACCCAACCUCCUAGUUCGGCUACACACACUUCCCCUGACCUUAUCAACAAUAACAGCUAUUUCGGGACCGCACCUGGCAGCUCGGCCAGCGCGUCGCAGAAUACUGACAGUGGUCGCGCUCUGACCAAGGAGGAAGCCGAUCGCCUGUACGAGGAGCGGAUGGAGGAGGAAUACGCGAAGAGGGAUGGCGGGGCCUGA